GACCAUGGAAGUGAUUGGAACACCUGAAUUCUAUUUUAUUUUAUUUGGAUGGGUGAUUGAAUACUUCGGCAAUAUAGUGUAUGUUAAACAUCUGUCUGUCUGUCUGUCCCAUUCUUUUGAAUGCAAUAUCUUAGGAAAGCCUUGAGGGAAUUUCUUCAAAUUUGGCACAAAUAUCCGCUUGAACUUAAGGAUGAAUUCUUGAGAAUUUUGUGCUCAAAUGUCAAGGUCACUGUGACCUCACAAAAUUCAUUUGUAUCCAGUGGUAGUCGGCAGUCGCCCUCCUGGUGCACCAGGGUGAUGCACAUGGUGCUCUAUGUUUAGAAAAAAAUGUGGCAAAAGUGCCCCCUUUGGUGCUUCUGUGAUAGAUACAUGAUGAUAAAGUGUGCUUCCAGUGAACAAAACAUGAUGAAGUGCAAUCUAAGGUGCUCUUUCAAUAGACAAAAUGUGAUGAAAUGCCAUAAAGGCUACUCUACAUCCUAGAAAAUGAGUUGGCCCCCAUGUGCAUCUUAAUGGUUAACAGUUGCUCUGUAUAAGAUGCAGUAGUUAUAACAUCUGAGUCACAAAGUAGAACUAUUUUAAUCUUAACCAGGGUUUGUAACUGUGUCAUCGUAAAUGUAACAUGACUUUGUAUUCUUCAUGAUGUUUGGCAAAAAUACUUUUCUGUGCAUUAUUCAACACCAUAACUCAGGAACAAAAGGGGAGAUUGUGACCAUGUUUCACAGUUUUGGUUGUCCACCUCAAAACCAUGACGACUGUAUUGAUCUUCUGAGCUGCUGGGUGAUUUGUGUGAAGCAUCCAUGUUUUGGAAUUUGUGGCUUCUAUGCAACAUUCAUAUUUGAAGAAUUGCAGCCCACCACAGUCUCAUUGAUUAGAAUUAUAUUGAGCUUCAGGUGACUGGUGUUCCACCAUGUGAUAAGGCUCUUCACAUUUAAGCUCUUCAGUUACUACUUACAUGAGUUUGGGCAGACAUGGAUGUAAAAUGCAACUUGGUGGAGGCAUACAACUAUGAGGGCCUUAUUCUAGUUCUAAAGUACCUAAGUUAAGACUGCCACCCUGUUUCAAUGUGUUCUGCUACUGACAGAAGGGAGCACUGGGGAGAGAAUUCAUUUCAUUCACAAAGGGUCUGUGUUAGCCCAUUGCAGAAUCAGAAUCAGAAUUCCUUUAUUUAUCCCUGAAGGGAAAUUCUUGUUCUUACAGACAUUGCACAUGCAGUAUUCCCGACCAAGAAAGGUGAAAAGUGAGGAGUAUAAAAAUAGGAUAAACAUAAAGACAGAGAGUUAUUGGAACAUAAUUGGAAUAGCAAUAAUGCACAUACAUGUCCAAGACUAAUUUUAAUUUGUAUGUUUCACUUUAUGUAGUGUUUCUCCAUAGAAAAUGUGAAAAAAAGAAUGUACUGUUCACUUUAAGUGAAUGUUUUAAAAUAUCAGUUCAGAUAAUUGUGUUUGUUUCCAAGGGGCAGUUGCAGAAAAUGCUAUUAUGAAUAACUCAAGUGUUUCACAAAUACAAUUAUCUGGCGUAUUAUUGUUUUUGACACAUCGACUCCAGAUUGGAAGCGGGAGAUAAGCCCGUCAUCCCGCCUCCGGCGUCGUCCGAUUGGUUUGAAGUGUCGUCAAACACUCAACGCCCAACGCUGAUUGGUUUACAUGUUAAUCUGUUGCGCGACAGCAGACGCACUACUCGCUGAUUGAUCGAGAGCUCGGUGACUGAGAGGCGGGAAGUAGCUUCCGGUGGGUCGGAAUUUUUAUGAAGUUCUACAACCUGAUUUGUUGACUAGUUACGUCAGUCUGAUUCCCGGGACUCUCUUUGGUUCAUUUGUAGUCCCGUUCCAAUCUGCAUUUGCAAACGCUUCUAAUCACGUUCAUUACAGGGCAAUAGCGUCAAGUUCAGCCCAAAACGCAUGGUGUUGUGAUACAUUCCGUCUUGCUGAAACAGGAGGGAUAACGUUAGUGGACAGACUAACAGCUCUGUGAUGGAUAAUGCUCAUACUAAGACGGUGGAGGAGGUCUUGGGCUUCUUCAGUGUGAACGAGUCUACUGGUCUGAGCUGUGAGCAGCUGAAGAAGAACAGGGAGAGAUGGGGACCCAAUGAAUUGCCAGCUGAAGAAGGGAAGUCACUUUGGGAGCUGGUUCUAGAACAGUUUGAGGAUCUGUUGGUUCGAAUCUUGCUGCUGGCUGCAUGCAUCUCUUUUACCCUGGCUUGGUUUGAAGAAGGGGAGGGGACAAUCACAGCCUUUGUCGAGCCUUUCGUCAUCCUUCUCAUCCUUAUUGCCAAUGCAAUCGUAGGAGUAUGGCAGGAGCGUAAUGCAGAGAAUGCCAUUGAGGCUCUGAAGGAGUAUGAGCCAGAGAUGGGUAAGGUGUACCGGCAGGACAAGAAGAGCAUUCAGAGAGUCAGAGCCCGAGACAUUGUUCCAGGAGACAUUGUUGAAGUUGCUGUUGGUGACAAGGUCCCAGCUGAUAUCAGGCUGACAUCCAUUCGUUCCACCACUCUGAGGGUGGACCAGUCCAUUCUGACGGGGGAGUCCGUGUCAGUGCUGAAACACACAGACCCUGUACCAGAUCCCCGAGCUGUCAACCAGGACAAGAAGAACAUGCUCUUCUCUGGUACCAACAUUGCAGCGGGACGAGCCAUUGGGGUUGUCGUGGCGACGGGGGUGCAGACCGAGAUUGGGAAAAUCAGAGAUGAGAUGGCCUCCACUGACCCUGAAAGAACCCCACUACAACAGAAAUUAGACCAGUUUGGAGAACAGCUAUCUAAGGUCAUCAGUGUGAUCUGCGUGGCAGUGUGGGCAAUCAAUGUUGGACACUUCAAUGACCCGGUCCAUGGAGGCAGCUGGCUGAGAGGAGCUGUUUACUACUUCAAGAUUGCUGUCGCACUGGCUGUAGCUGCCAUACCAGAAGGCCUCCCAGCAGUCAUCACUACAUGCCUGGCACUGGGCACCAGGAGGAUGGCCAGAAAGAACGCCAUUGUCCGCAGCCUGCCAUCAGUGGAGACCCUGGGAUGUACCUCUGUUAUCUGCUCUGAUAAGACAGGAACACUGACCACCAACCAGAUGUCAGUCUGCAGGAUGUUUGUUGUAGACAGUGUGUCGGGGGAGCGCUGCAGACUGAGUGAGUUCACAGUCACUGGAUCUACUUACGCCCCUGAAGGGGAAGUUUAUAAGGAUGGCUCGGUGGUGAAGUGCAGUCAGUAUGAGGGGCUGGUGGAGAUGGCUUCCAUCUGUGCUCUGUGCAAUGACUCAUCACUGGACUACAAUGAGGCAAAGGGUGUGUAUGAGAAGGUCGGGGAGGCAACGGAGACUGCCCUCUGCUGUCUGGUUGAGAAAAUGAAUGUGUUUGACACUGACCUAAGAGGACUGAGCCCUGCUGAGAGAGCUACAGCAUGCUGCUCCGUGAUUAAGCAGCUGAUGAGGAAGGAGCUAACGCUUGAGUUUUCCAGAGACAGGAAGUCCAUGUCUGUCUUCUGUUCAUCCAAUAAACUAACCAGGUCUGCUUCUGGAGCCAAGAUGUUCAUCAAGGGAGCUCCAGAGAGUGUGUUGGAGCGUUGUAAUUAUGUCCGGAUCAGUGGUUCUGCUCGCGUGCCUUUGAGCCCGGCAGUUCGAGAGCAACUCCUGUCCACUGUACGGGACUGGGGAUCAGGCCGAGACACCCUCCGUUGCCUCGCCAUGGCAACCAGGGACACGCCCCCUGACAUUCACUGCCUCAACCUUGAAAACUCAGCUGCCUUUGCUAAUUAUGAGUCGGACCUGACCUUUGUGGGCUGUGUGGGCAUGUUGGACCCGCCCAGGAAGGAAGUGCUUGGAGCAGUUCGAAUGUGUCGGCAGGCUGGCAUCAGAGUCAUCAUGAUCACAGGUGACAACAAAGGGACAGCCCUGUCUAUUUGUCGGAGGGUGGGCAUCAUCACAGAGCAGGAAGAGGAGCAGGAGGGCGCAGGGGUCAGCGGGGGUCUUACAGGACGUGAGUUUGAUGAACUGCCCCCACACCUGCAGCGUCAGGCCUGCAGGACAGCAAAGUGCUUCGCUCGGGUGGAGCCCGCACACAAGAGUCGUAUAGUGGAGUAUCUGCAGAGCCUGAGUGACAUCACCGCCAUGACGGGUGAUGGGGUGAACGACGCACCAGCGCUGAAGAAGGCGGAGAUCGGCAUUGCCAUGGGCAGUGGCACCGCUGUGGCCAAGUCAGCCUCUGAGAUGAUCCUGGCUGAUGACAACUUCUCCACCAUUGUGGCUGCAGUGGAAGAGGGCAGAGCCAUUUAUAACAACAUGAAACAAUUCAUCAGAUACUUGAUAUCAUCCAACAUAGGAGAGGUGGUCUGUAUCUUCCUGACGGCCGCACUGGGCAUGCCUGAAGCACUGAUCCCAGUCCAGCUGCUAUGGGUCAACCUGGUUACUGACGGUUUCCCUGCAACAGCUCUAGGCUUCAACCCUCCAGACCUGGACAUCAUGUCCCGCCCUCCUCGCUCCCCCAAAGAGCCUCUGAUCUCCAGCUGGUUGUUCUGUCGCUACCUCAUCAUUGGAUGUUAUGUGGGAGCAGCCACAGUCGGAGCUGCUGCCUGGUGGUUUAUGGCAGCCCACGAUGGACCAAAACUUUCCUUCUAUCAACUGUCUCACUACCUGCAGUGCAGCGAAGGCCAUAUUGAGUUUGCAGGAGUGCAGUGUUCAGUCUUUGAGUCUCCUUAUCCCAUGACUAUGGCCCUGUCUGUCCUGGUUACCAUAGAGAUGUGCAAUGCCUUGAACAGUCUAUCAGAGAACCAGUCCUUGCUGAAGAUGCCCCCCUGGUCAAACCCCUGGCUGGUGGGGGCCAUUUGUCUGUCCAUGGCUCUACACUUCCUCAUUCUCUAUGUGGACCCACUGCCGGUGAUAUUCCAGAUACGCCCUCUGUCGUGGCCUCAGUGGGUGGUGGUGUUGAAGAUGUCCAUUCCUGUCAUCUUGAUGGACGAGGCUCUCAAAUUCCUCGCCCGCAACUACAUCGAGCCAGGAAGCCAGAUCCAGUCACUGGAAGAGGAAGAGGAGCUGCAGAGGACGAGGGCCAGCACAGGAUUGGUCAGUGCCGUGGUGACAAGACUGUGUCAGUCAGUGAGGGGUGUGUCCUGGUCAUUUGUCCUGAUCUCUGCGCCACUGGUAAUCUGGAUCUUCAGCCUAGACUCUGACAUCACCAAUAUCUUCUGGGAAUGAUAAAGAAGGACUGUGAGAAGAGAGAGAAAAGCUAAAGGCUGGUACAAUAACAUGCAGGUGGCUGGGAAAUUAAAUGUGGAAUGUGUAAGGGUAAGAGAGAGAAAGUUGAUAAAAACUGUACAGAGAUACGAGAAUGUAAAACAGUGAAAUAUUUAGCCAACAGACAAUCAGAAAACAAUAAGAAGGAAAGUGCAAGGCAGUUUUAGAUCAGCUCUUCCUCAGUAAUAAAAGGUGCUUUGUGUAGAGUUAGAUAUGAUUGCAUUUCAUUUGAAACCUAUAUCUUAGACUGUACUUAUAUGAGCUUUGCUUUGUAUUGGCUCAAGGGAUGACAGCAUUUGUCAGUUUGUCGCUCCUGCUCUAUGACAAAACACCUUUAAAGCUGUACACUAAUAACACAACAUGCUCACUUCCUGCCAAGUCGGACACAGCGACACACUGUACGUUACAGUGGUUCCCAACUAAUUUGUCUUGUCAUGUUUGGUUUCCAAAGCGUGACAGUCCCUCUCUGAUUGUUUGAUUUGACUUUCGUAGAGACCAGGACUUGGUGGUACUAGCUAAGCUAAAACAUUGCAUAAGUGCUUAAGUAAAUAGUCACUAACUUUUAACCACAAAUUUACUAAAUCAGGUUUCACUAAUCAAACUUGGAAAUGUCACAGCUAAUUAAGACUUUAGUGCAGUGUAAAAUCUGUUGCUAGGAACAUCUGUUCAAUCAACAGGAAGUCACUGCAACAUCACAAGCUGAAAAUUCAUUUUGGAGUGCAGACAAUAAGUUUUAAAUGUAGAAAAGACAUUGCUUUGUUCAUUUAUGAACAUAUGUGUGAGAAACAUAACUUAAAAUUUUGUCAGUUUACAUCAGCUGUUUUUGUCAAGUGUAGAGCCAGAGAGAGUCAAGCUAACUUUUUGUCAUUUAGUAACCAACCUCUACAAAAGAACUACUUUACAUGGUGCAGUUUGUUUUAAUUAAGUGAUGCAUGAGUCUCCACUUGAAGACAGCUUAGGUCAUGAUUAGGCUAACAGUGAAUUUUGGAAGAGCUGGUGCGAGUGGUUCCCGAAGAGGUGAAAGUAACCAGUACUUCAAAAUAAAAAGACCCUUGAAAAGAUUAGAGGAAAGAAAACUGAUUUGUGUAGCAGAAACUUUUUUUGUUUGUUUUUGCAUCUUGUGCUUUUUUUCCCCUUACUGGUUUGAAACCACUGAUGUAGAUGUUCAAGUUGUUCAAGUUCAGAUGAAUGAAACUAAUACAGACACACGGGACCUUUUAGAUGAACAUUUCUGUUUGAAAACAUGAGUGGAUUAGAUAGAAGAAACAUUAACAAAAGAAACGUAAACAUCCACACUGUAAUUCACCAGUAGUAACAUGUGGUCUUUAACAGGUGAUGAGGUCAGGUCAGAAAUACAUGUACAGCAGAACUGCAGCAGUCUUUAUGCUGUAAUGCAAAGUAUUUAGCGACAUUAUUGUUGGAACUGUAAACAAGCAUUCAACGUGUGAUGGAAGACUGUUACCAGACCAUUACAGAACAGUCUGCUAACACUGCACACGAUCAUCGCAUGUUGCACACUAACAUGUUUCAGAUUAGAAGAUCAGUCCGUACUGUGACUACUCCAUUUCUGCAGAAAGCCAUUUCCUGCAGUGGGACGUAUGUACAGCUGCUGUCUGCAGGUUAUAAUGUGUAAUACUGCGUCACAGUUAAUCAUACAAUAUCAGUCACUCCUGAAAGAGCUGCAUUUCAUUAUCCCUCAUUAUCUUUUCUGUUCAUUGUUCCUGACACUGAAAACCUCUGGCUGGCUUUUGUCCGUCCUCGAGUCAUCCUGUAGCUGAACUUAAGCCUUCACAUAACAAUGAAUGAGUCGGGUCUGUUCACAUAUAUGCUGAUUAAAUUAUUUAUAUUCAUGGUUAAACUUAGAAGUUGUGGUGAGUGCAACAUGUAUGUAAGCUGAAUGGAUUAAUAUAGUUCUUAUUGUUCUGGCUGUAAAUAUACAGUAUGUGGUUAUUACUCUGCAACACUGUUAUUUUAGUUGCUUUUUUUCUGUUCUUUCUUUUCUCCCAUUGCCUGUUUACUGCAGAAUCUGCCUCUGUGUUAGUGUACUGGAAUGGGAAUGUGUGCUGACCAGUGUAGCAGAGCUGUAAUACAGACUCCUAAUGAUCUCUUAAAACCGGUCAGGUGUGAGUGUCAUUUCAGUGUGAUUUUUUUUGUGUUUCCGUGAUCUGUCUGCCAUGUUCUCCAGUGAUGUCAUUGUGACAUCACACUUUGUUUGCCAUUGAAGUUUUUUUUUUGUUUGUUUCUGUUUUUUAAUGUUGUUGUUUUUUUUAUUGUUCAUUUGUCCACACUGACACACGCUGACUGAGUAUUAGGGCCAGUGUCAGGAAAAAAAAUGAGAUUUUGAGAAUAAAAUUAAAGUCGUAAUUUUACAAGAAAAAGAGAUGCAGUCGUAAUUGUCAUUAUGAGCGUCAAAACACAGUGUGUACUACAGCUGCUUGUUAAAGCUUUAUGUUUGGUCUCUUUCCUCUGGGUGGUAAACAGCUGGACCAGUGAUGGCUUUUGUUUAAAAUAUUGCAAUUUUAUUUUCAAAAUGCUCAUUUUUUUAUUUAUUUAUUUUUAGUUUAGUUUACUUGUUUUGUUUGUUUGUUUUUUUUCCUCAAAAGUGGUCCUAACAGUAGGUUGUAGGCUCUUUAUUUAAUAACAUAAACCAGUUUCUUCAAAAUAGAAAAAAAUUCAACUUUCUGAAAUCAAUCAAUCGAUGUUAGAAGAACUCACCUGUUGGGCAAAGAGGGAGUUUUUGCUCUAUUUUGUGUUUUUUAACUUUUUGUAUUGGUUUUAGUCAGUGCUCCUUGUUAAUUCCAAAACACACACAACGUGUUCUUGCUUCUUUGCUGCCCACAGUUCUGCCUCUUUUUGUUUGUUGGUUUCUUUGUUUUCUGUUUAUGCUCAGUGUUCUGUCCAAAAUGAUUCUUAGGAGAUGGCUUGAAAUUGUUGGAGGACAUUUGUUGUUGUUAUGUAAUAUUUGUGUUUUGAUACCAUUAAGGCACGAGAAACAUAUGUAGAUGCAUUUAGUAGUAUUUCUUUUGUAUUUUUGUUAUUUAUUAUUAUUAUUAUAUCUUCUCUAUUAAGCCAUGACAUCCAAGCCAGGCUCCUCUGAUGAAUCCCUAAUUACCAAAUUGUACCAUCAGUUAGUUCUUUAUUAUUAUUAUUAUCAUUAUUAUUAUUGUUACUGACUCACACCCAUGACUUUAGGAGAUAAAGGAGUAGAAAUGGGCUCUAUUUCACACCACACUUUCACAAUAAGUGAAAAGAUGUUCCUGACUGACUCGUCUGCUCAAAUAAAGGUUGAAUUGAAAAA